AUGGCACUGGCGUCUCCAACACUUGUUCUGCAUGAAAAGAGAGACUCCUCUCCCAGUGAAUGGGUUCGUAAAUCGGCGGCGCAUUCAGAUGCGAUUAUCCUAUUGCGCAUCGCACUUGGCUCUCGCAAUGAAGAAGCGGCUCAUGACAGGUUGAUGGACAUCUCCGAUCCCUCAUCGCCCAAUUUCGGAAAACAUUGGACAGCCCAACAGGUAUCCGAAUUCUUUGCUCCUAGCACAGAGACACUCCAUGCUGUGCAGAGCUGGCUGUCUUCGUCGGGAAUCCCACCCUCUCGCCAGAACGUCAGCCCCAGCGGUGCUUCCAUCAAAGUCAGCGCGACGGUCAACGAGGCGGAAUCUCUCCUGGGGACCAAGUACUAUGUCUGGGAGAAUACCAGAAGCAAUGCUAUCAGCAUCUCCUGCGAUGGAUACUACAUUCCGCAGCACCUGCAGCCAUACAUCGCCUUCAUCAGCCCGACUGUUAAUCUCCAUCCGUCAUAUCCCUCUUCCGGUCGUUCUCGGCAACAUAAGCGCACCAUGCCAUUGAGAUCAUCAAGGCCCAUUUCCCAUCCUCCGAUCACGUAUAGAGUCGCGGAUGCUGCGAAUCUCACCGAGUGCUGGUCGUCGGUAACCCCUGGAUGCAUCCGAGCCCUCUAUGGUGUGCCAGCUUCCAGCACAGCUACCCAAGGGAACGAAUUGGGCAUCUUCGAGUCCGGCGACGUCUACGACCAAGAAGACCUCGAUUCGUUCUUCACGCAAUUUGCAAGUAACAUCCCAAAUGGGACUCACCCCAUCCUCCAAAGUGUCGAUGGAGGAAGUGCCCCUGUGUCGACAGAAGAUGGUGGUGGCGAGAGCACUCUUGACUUCGAUCUUUCUUUCCCCUUGGUCUAUCCACAGCAGAUCAAACUGUUCCAGACCUUCAAUGGACGUACCGCGUAUUCCGGCUCCAGCUUUUUUGACUCGUUCCUCGACGCCCUGGACGGUAGUUACUGCGCGUAUGGCGGCGGCGAUGACCCCAAAUACGAUCCUCAUUUCCCCAAUGCCACUCUCUGGAACGGGACUCGACAGUGUGGUGUCUAUGAGCCGACAAACGUCAUCUCAUUGUCGUAUGAGCUGGCUGAAGCAGCCUAUUCGCCGGCGUAUGAAAAGCGUAUCUGCCAGGAGUACUUGAAGCUCGCCCUGAUGGGAACAUCUAUCAUCUAUUCCUCCGGAGAUAAUGGCACCCUGUCUCGAGCGGGUGUCUGGGGCUGUUUGGCUGAUGGCGCACAGAAUCCAAGCUUUCCGUCGUCAUGCCCAUAUGUGACUUCUGUUGGGGCAACCCAAAUCGCGCCAGGCGCCCCGGUCACUGCUCCUGAAGUCGCAGUUAACCCUACCAACAAUCCAGACGGGUUUCUCUUUAAUCUCCAAUUCUCCAGUGGAGGAGGAUUUUCCAACGUCUUCACCCAACCGUCGUACCAGAAAGCCGCCGUAAAUGCCUUCCUCAGCAAUUCUACGGGGCUCCCACCUGCUCAUACAUUCAACCGCACGGGACGAGGAUUCCCAGACGUAUCUGCAAAUGGCUACAACAUCGCAGUCUACACGAAUGGCUACUACGGCUUGUCCUUGGGCACGUCAGCCUCGGCACCAAUCUUUGCAUCCCUCAUCACUCGGUUGAACGAGGAGAGAAUCCUGGCGGGCAAAAAAGCCGUAGGAUUCUUGAAUAACAUUCUCUACCAGCACCCGGAGAUGUUCAAUGACAUCACGGAAGGAUACAAUCUAGGAUGCAAUGCACACGCUGCUUUCUACGCCUCGAAGGGCUGGGACCCGGUAACAGGGCUAGGCACGCCGAAUUACCCCAAGAUGCGUGACGUAUUCCUGAGUCUUCCAUAG